AUCAGUUUUAGUGGAUGUGUUUAGGAGAUCAAGAUGUCGCGGCUUUUUCUUAUUCUGUUCGCCAUUUUGACUGUUUUCUCCAUCUCUGUGCAAAGCACGAGAUCAGGAUGCCCAAAACACGAAUUUUGGAAUGAAUGUGGAUCUUCCUGUCCACCCACUUGUGAGAAUCCCAGACCUGAGAUCUGUAACAUGAUGUGCAGAGAAGGCUGUGAAUGCAGACCAGGUUUCCUAAGAAACAAGGAUGGACAGUGUAAAAUUAAAAUGGCUCGUCUUCUUGUCACUGUAUUCGCUCUCUUAGCAAUUUUCACUAUCGUGACCUUGGCGUGUCCAAAAAAUGAAGUUUGGAACGAUUGUGGCUCAGCUUGUCCACCUACUUGUGCAAAUCCUGACCCUAUUUGCGUUAAGAUUUGUAAACCUGGAUGUAGUUGCAAAUCAGGCUUAGUGAGGAACAAAUCUGGACAGUGUGUUCUCCAACAUAAGAAAUUAUCUGUGUUUAAUAGAAACAAGUGUUUUAAAAACAGGAUGAAUCGUCUGAUUAUUUUGGUCGCCAUUUUGGCUAUUUUUUCUGUCUCAGCUGUGAGUGGCUGUCCAAAAGAUGAAGUGUGGGAUGAGUGUGGCACUGCCUGUCCGCCAUCUUGCAGAAACCCUGAGCCCAAACUUUGCACCAUGCAAUGUGUAAUUGGCUGUCGAUGUGAAAAGGGUCUUUUGAGAAACGACAAAGGAAAGUGUGUCCCUAAAAGCAGAUGUUAAUUACUUGACCAAAGGAUCACAUUUACCACUGAGGCAACGUUAAUCGAUUAUGGCAUU